UUUGUGGAAGAAUUCAUUGAACAAUAACAAGAGAAAAUCAACGCCUCAUGAUGCAUCUCCAUUUCCAAUCAGUAAGAUGGAUCCUUCCUUGUUUGAUAAUAGCAGACUCCACAACAUGGGAGGAAGAAACCAACCACCAGCUGAAUCACCUGCACCGAACAUUCUCCACAACAAAGCACACCACAUCAUUCCAGGAUCUAUUCUAUCCGCCACUAAAAAGCUUCGAGAUGCCAUUCCUUUCGAUAACUCCACCAUUCUUAUCACGCUCGUCGAUGAAGGCCAAGCUUUGCAAGGCAUCAUCUUGAACAAACCCAUAAGGUGGAAUGUCUUUGAGAAUUUGGACAAUGAUAUGGAAGCUGUAAAGCAGGCUCCUAUCUUUUACGGAGGACCUGUUAGAGUACAAGGCCUUCCUCUGGUCAGUUUGUCCAGGAGUCCGACAGAGGGGUAUACAAAGGUCAUUCAUGGCAUUUAUUUUGGCAAUCCAAUGAUUACAGGCAUGGUGAUUGAAGGGAUCAAGUCAGGAGAUCGAUCCGGCGAAGACUAUUGGUUUUUCUUGGGUUACUCUAGCUGGAAUUGGGACCAGUUUUUUUAUGAGUUAGCUGAAGGGGCUUGGCAUUUGGGUGGUGAUCCUAUUGGGAGCAUAGACUGGCCAGAUAGCUGAAUGAAUGUACAUGAGUUUUGCAGAACUGAUUUGUUAGCGAGAUCAGUUGCUGCUGUGCUACAGCGACUGAUAGGCAACAUCUGCUGGUUUUAUUUGGAGCAAGUAAUGGAAAGACAUUUAUCAUUUGAAGACAAUGAAGAUUAAAAUUUUCAAUUUUCAAUUGUAUUUCACUUUUUAAAUGUUAAAAUAGAGA